UUGUGUGCUCCCACUUCCUCUCCAUACUUCAGUUUGAUGUCAGGUCUAGCUGCCCUGGACGCCAAGUGCUCCAGCCGCCUGGGCAUCAUGACUAUCUCCUACUAUCUCUGGACUACCUUUGUUGCUGUGGUAGUGGGCAUUGUCAUGGUGUACAUCAUCCAUCCAGGUGGAGCUGCUCAGAAGGAGGACUCUGAGGACAGCAAGAAGCCAAUGACCAGUUCUGCCGACGCUCUGCUGGAUCUCAUUCGCAACAUGUUUCCAGCCAACUUGGUUCAAGCUACGUUUCAACAGUAUCGAACCCAGAGAGUCCCAGAACUCAUCCCCAAACCAACGGUGGCUCAGCUCCUGGACGAGACCACCACGCGCAGGGUCUACAUCUACGGCAUCCAGGAUGACAACGGCACUGACGUCCAGAACUUCUCCCUGGAUCUCACGCCGCCACCUGACGUCAUCAUGAAAACAUCACCUGGUACCAGCGAAGGCAUGAAUGUGCUGGGGAUUGUUAUUUUCUCUGCAACCAUGGGGAUAAUGUUGGGGAGAAUGGGGCCCAAUGGAAGCGCUCUGGUCAACUUCUGCCAGAGUUUGAAUGAGGCAGUUUUGAAGAUUGUCGCCAUUGUCAUCUGGUAUUUCCCUUUUGGCAUUGUGUUCCUGGUUGCCGGUAAGAUCUUGGAGAUGGACGACCCUUCAGCCAUGGGGAAGAAGUUGGGCUUUUAUGCCAUCACGGUGGUAAUGGGCUUGGUGCUGCAUGGUCUAUUCAUCCUACCAGCGAUGUACUUCUUCAUCACGAAGAAGAGCCCCAUCGUUUACAUCAGAGGCAUUCUGCAGGCCCUACUGAUUUCCUUGGCCACGUCUUCCAGCUCUGCCACUCUGCCUAUCACCUUCAAGUGCCUCCUUGAGAACAACCACAUCGACAGACGCAUCAUCCGCUUCGUGCUGCCUGUGGGGGCCACCAUCAACAUGGACGGCACCGCACUCUACGAGGCUGUGGCAGCCAUCUUCAUCGCCCAAGUGAAUAACUAUGAGCUUGACUUUGGACAGAUCAUCACAAUUAGCAUCACGGCCACCGCAGCCAGUAUUGGUGCAGCUGGAAUCCCGCAAGCUGGACUUGUUACCAUGGUGAUCGUGCUGACCUCUGUGGGUCUGCCCACUGAUGACAUCACUCUCAUCAUUGCUGUUGACUGGGCUUUGGAUCGAUUCAGGACCAUGGUCAAUGUGAUGGGCGACGCCCUGGCCACAGGUAUCAUGGCUCAUAUCUGCAGAAAAGAUUUUGUCAAAGAGGGCGAGCAGGUGCCUCUGAUCUGCGAAACGAAGCCCAUGAUAAGUAUCCAGCAGAUGAUGACCUACCAGAAUCAGAAGAACGGCUGCUACCAGCCGCCUCCACCAGGCAGCAAGCAGGACCACCUCUCCCCGGACGUGGCUCGCCUGAUCCAGCUAGAGGAGGGGAUUCGGCCGAUCGAGAAGAAGAAACACGCUCACUCCUCUCACCACAAGAGAGAGCACAGGGACAAGGACCACUGUUCCGUCGACAUGAACGGGCUGGAGACUAACGUAUAAAAGCAGCUGCCCUGCCAACAGCUACUGGCUCAUCCACAGCCGCUGGACCAGCAGAGGAGGAAGACAGAUUGAAGAGUUCAGGUGAAUUAAGUUCACACACUUUUGCCCUCCGAGAAGGACAGCGGCCCAGAGUGGAUGACUGCAGGAAAAAAAGACCUUUUUUUUCUACAUAACCUAAAUAAUGACCCACAUUUGAUUGUGUAUGUUUGUGUGUGUACAUAUUUAUCAGAGAUGUAUUAUUUGGUACAAGCAGUGACAUUGUGCCGCUCUGGCUGACAGACGUUUCAAACCGGAGAAGUGAUCCUGCUUGAGGUUUCACUAACAUCCCCCCAGACCUGUGAGUCAGCCCAUCUUUAAGGAGUGGAAAUGGAGAACACAGUAGCUAAUGUCAGAUAUAAUUAAAGGAACCUCUCCCUCUGUGGACUGCAGAAAAAAACGGAAAUAUCACAUGUAUCUCUUUAUUCAUUAUGACCUUUUUUGGUAUGUUUUUAGCAUAAUAUUGACUGGGGUUUUUUGUAUAUUUCACUUUUUGUCACACUGUUCUCUAUAAUGAAACUCAGAAAAAAUGUCUGAAAUCUUAUAUUCGGAAGCAUUUUUUCCAAAUGAUUCAGUGACUCAGUAAAUCGCAAAACAAAGAGACAAAUCAAGGUAAAUUGAGCUACAAGAAAAUCACUAAAAUCAGUAUUUAAAACACACAAAUGCAACUAUUUGGUUCACAUUCAAGAAAGAAACAGGGAUUCUUUACGAUUUCCCAAAUUUUCUCAGCAACACCUUUUCCCUGCACUUCUCUGCCUUGUUGUCUAAUACCUGCAGUACUGUACGGUCAUAGCCAGAAUCAGGGCAAAAAUGAUGAUGAAGGUCACGAUGAAAAUGAAGACGAGUGUUUGCCCUUGUGUUGAAGUCAUGUCAAGUUGUCUUUGCACCCCAUUGUAUUCCCUCUUUGCCUUAAACAACCAAAGGAGAAGCAUAUGGGACCAGUGCGUUACUGAUGUGCGCCAAAACAGCCGAGACAAACUGCAUUAAAAACACAACUCAAGUCGUCAACCACACGUCACACUCUGAACUCUGUCCAUAUGUAUGUGAUAUAUGCUGUACAUGUACUGUAUGUAUUUCAAAAGUUUAAAAAAAUGUAGAUUUUACUACCAUGUCAGUUUGUUUCAUGAGCUGCCAUUCUGUAUUUGUAAAAAGAAACAUUUCACUGUAGUCCAAAAUUUAUAAAAAUGUACCAACUGUAAAAAAAAAAAAGAAAUAUCAAGAAAUGGAAAAUAUAUCAAAAAUAUACAAAUGGUAUUCUGUUUGACUUUUUUUAAUGGAUCUGAGAGUUACAAGAUUGUUUGAGUUUGUCAGAACUUCAGGCACAAGUCUGCUGUAUGACACUUCAAGGACUUAAAACUAGAAAGUGUUUAUUUGGAAAUGUGACAAGCUGUGACAUUCCCCUGCAUCCUCUAUCAUGAAAAUGCUUCUGUUAACUCAUUCGCCUGAACAAAUGUCCUAUUCAUACCGGAAUAAAUCCCAAUGUAAACUAAAGACAAGUGAGCUGUCAAAUAAGAAAACAAAAGAGAUUUAAAAGAUUACCGAUGAGUCCGAGCCAAGUGCACUACAGGUGACUUUGGAGCAUGGAUGACUUAUUAAAACUGGGCUCAGCUAAGAUCUCAUGUAGAUGCACACAAAGACACUACAAUACAUGAUCUUCUCAAUAAAUGU